AGGUUAUCUACUAUCUAGCUUUACUCAAAUAAAAAAACAACAAUCCUUUAUACGCCCGAGUUCUAUUUACUGAGACACAUCCAUGAAAAUAUGCUCAAGAAAUGAACGCCACAGCACUGUCCAAAACUGUUUCGCAUAUUAUUCCUCAAACAAUCCGAAGCUCUCUGAGCUGGAACCUGUAUUCUCCAAACCCACGAUUUUCCCCUAAACCCCCUUCAUUUUUGGCUACCAAUCUCCUCAAGUCCUACUUCGAUAAAGGUCUCAUCAGAGAGGCCCGCACACUGUUCGAUGAAAUGCCCGAGAGAGACGUUGUUGCUUGGACAGCCAUGAUUUCGGGGUACACUUCUUGUAACCUCUACCCAUGCGCAUGGGUAAUUUUCUAUGAGAUGAUGCGAGAUACUAGUGUCCACCCAAAUGAAUUCACAUUUUCAAGCACAUUGAAGGCUUGUAAAGGCAUGAAGUCACCUUCUUGUGGCGCUUUAGUUCACGGGCUGGUAAUCAAGCAUGGCAAGCAUGAAAGCAUGUAUGUUGCCAAUGCACUCUUGGACGUAUACUCUACAUUGUCGGCUAGCAUGAAAGACGCUUGUAUGGUGUUUAGCGAAAUCAGUGAGAAAAACGAUGUGUCUUGGACAACAAUGAUUGCUGGAUACACUCACCGGGGCGAUGGCUAUUGUGGUCUUCAAGCCUUUAAGCAAAUGCUAUUGGAGGGAGUUGAACCAAAUGCAUUUAGCUUUUCAAUAGCUAUUAAAGCAUGUGCUUUGAUCAGUCCAUUUUCAAAUGGAAGGCAUCUCCAUGCUGCAGUAAUCAAACAUGGAUUUGAUUUUAACAUUCCUGUGAUGAACUCCAUUUUAGACAUGUAUUGCAGGGGAGAUGACUUAAACGAAGCAAACCACUGUUUUCAUUGUAUGCCUCAGAGAGAUAUAAUCACCUGGAAUACUUUGAUUGCUGGAUAUGAGAAGUCCAAUCCAAAAGAGUCUAUCAACUUUUAUUUGCUUUUGGAGUUAGAAGGCCCAAGUCCAAAUACCUUCACGUUUUCCAGCAUUAUAGCUGCUGUCGCCAAUUUGGCAGCUUUGAGUUGUGGUGAACAAGUGCAUGGGAGGAUUAUACAGAGAGGCCUUGGGUGGAACUUGGAGCUAGCUAAUGCUUUAAUAGACAUGUAUGCAAAGUGUGGAAACAUCGCAAGCUCACGUAGAAUAUUUAAUGAAAUGCCAACAAAAAAUUUAGUUUCGUGGACCUCAAUGAUGAUUGGGUAUGGAAGCCACGGAAAUGGAAAACAAGCUACUGAAUUGUUCGAUGAUAUGGUUGGUUCUAGUCUUAGACCAGAUCGGAUUGCUUUCAUGGCAGUUUUAAAUGCUUGUAGUCAUGCUGGGCUAGUAGAUGAAGGCUUGAAGUAUUUUAGCUCAAUGGUUGAUGAUUAUAAUAUUGUUCCUGAUCAGGAAAUCUAUGGCUGUGUUGUUGAUUUGCUAGGGCGUGCUGGAAGAGUUAAGGAAGCUUAUCAGCUGAUAGAGAAAAUGCCAUUUUCACCCGAUGAGUCUGUUUGGGGAGCAUAUCUCGGAGCAUGUCUUGCUCAUAAGCUUCCCGAUUUAGGCACCUUGGCUGUAAGGGAAGUUUUGGGUUUGAAGCCGAAAAUUGCAGGGACAUAUUUGAUGCUCUCUAAGAUAUAUGCAGCUAAUGGUGAGUGGAAAGGUUAUGCAAAAAUGAGGAACAUGAUGACAAACUUGUCAACUAAGAAAGAGGUGGGGAGAAGUUGGGUUGAGGUUAGGAAUGAAGUAAAUGAUUUUGUUGCGGGAGACAAGUGACAAGACCAACUCAAAGAAUAUUGGGGUGAAUGAUAAAGGUCAAUUCUCAAAUAUGAAAUACCCAGACUGAAGAUCCUAGAAAUGUAGUAUGCUAUAUGAAUGUGGCUUGCCAUGUUCCUGAUUUGGAUUGCUUUCUACAUAAAAUCCUAGAAAUCUUAUGAUUCCUUGUUGAUGGGUCACCAACAUAAGGUAUGGGAGUCCUGUCAAUGGUUGAUUCGUUUCAUCAAAGUACCGGUGGAAGUCAUUUAUGAUGAUGCAGCCACAGAGUAUGCAAUCAGCUCCUCCACAACCAACUGAAUGGAGAUGUUGAUAAAGAGUUGCAGCCAGAUAAGGUUAAAGGGAUUCUGCCAACUUUAGAUGGGAAGCUUUUAGUUGAACAGGGAGGAAGUAUAUAUAGUUCUUGCCUAUCAUCAUGUACAAGCAGUCAUCUUGUGGUAGGAUCCAUAAAUCAAGAGGAGUUAAGGUCAACCAUGUUCUGAUGUUCUACAAUUUGUUGAUGCCAAAUGCAGGCUUAUUAUCUGUUGUAUAUUAACAAGUUUUUCAUUUGGAUUAACUCGUUUUAGAUUAAUACUAUUUAUGGUUGUAUUAAUGUUGAUCAAGUUUAAUUGGAUUAACUACUUUAAUAUUUGGGAAUAUAAGAAUACUGGACAUA